GUUGGGAGGAGUAAUGAAUGUUCACACUAGCAAAGUAUAGUUUUUUUGUGUGUUUGUUCGCAUAACUCUGAGAAAGAUGGAGCUGCAUGUGUUCAUUCUCAUGGUUGCUGUUCAUGUUUCAACUGAGGUUAAUGUUGUACAUCAUGAUUAUCAAUUCGAUGGAUGUUCAGAUACAGAGAAAGAGGAUAUGUAUGGAUUUGAUGGAGAGGAACUAUACCAUUCAGACUUCCAAAAACAAAAAGGAGUUGUGACAUCGCCUGACUUUGCAGAUCCCGUCAGCUUUCCUGGAUUUUAUGAGCAGGGUUUAUCAGCCAUGGAAGCUUGUAAACAAAAUUUGGCCAAUCACAUUAAAGCUUACAAAAAUCCUCCUGAGGAAAUGGGCAAACCUGAGACGACCAUCUAUGCUAAGUAUGACGUACAGCGGGGCGUUGAAAAUGCUCUCAUCUGUCAUGUGACUCAAGUCUUCCCUCCUCCUGUCAAAGUGUCAUGGUCUAAGAACAAUGUCAAAGUAACAGAUGGUGUGGAUCUUAGCCAGUACCGCAAAAAUAAGGAUGACACCUUCAACAUCUUCUCAACUCUGAGGUUCACACCUCAAGAGGGAGACAUUUACAGCUGCACUGUGAACCACAAAGCUCUCGAUUAUCCUCUGACCAAAACAUGGGAAGUAAAUAUUGCUCUGCCCAGUGUUGGUCCAGCUGUGUUCUGUGGAGUGGGUUUGAGUCUGGGGCUGCUGGGAGUUGCUGCUGGAACUUUCUUUCUGAUUAAAGGAAACAACUGCAACUGACAGAUAUGAAGGAUAAUUUUGAAAAUAAAUUGUAAUAAUAGUGUAGAUUAGAUAAUAAAGUCUUUUUCACAUGCCCCUGGUGGAUUUUAAACACAAUGCAUCGUUCUGUUAGUAAUUGGUCAUUCUCAAUGUUAUGGGUAAAUAUGUAUAGUUGAGUAAACCCGAUUAAAUCCUGUUACACCACUAACAUUACUCAAUAAUACUCAAUUGCUUAAGAUACACAGCAUUGCUUUCAUCUAUGUUUUUAUGUCAAAAUGUUGAUCUUUUGCCAAUGCCACAUUCACAAUGUAUCGUGUAUAUUCUCUGGAAAAAAUACUUCAAAUCUAAAUUUAAACUGUUUAGAACUUUUUGGAUUUGUAUUAUAACUAAUUUUAGAAUUGUUCAUUUCUGUAGAUGUAAAACUAUUCCUGUCCUUGCAAUUAUUUUUCGAAAUGUCUUUAUUUUCUAUUUUUUAAAAUUUGCACGCGCACACACACGCAAACACACAGCAAAUAAAGAUUUUUUUUGUGAUUA